GUUUUCGAGCAAUAGGGUGUGGAGUAUUCUUAUCACUUCUUGCUGGUUUCUUAAUUAAUUUCUUACUUGGUUAUAGCACACAGCCAGGGUGGAUACCCUCUCCUCUCCUACCCAUCCACAUAAGAAACAUACAUAAAUGCAAGCAUGGAAGUGACUCUGAAACAUAUGAUACAGAAGGAAGGUUUGACCCUGCAAAAUUUGAUGCAAUUUUCAGUAAAUAUGCAAUUACACAUUCAGAUGCAUUAACAGGAGCUGAGCUCCACAAAAUGCUUCAAGCUAAUCGCAACCUCACAGACUUCAUUGGAAGGGGUAUAGCACGAGCGGAAUGGCAGUUGCUUUACUCGCUGGCAAAAGAUGAAAGAGGGCUGCUGCACAGAGACGCCAUCAGGGGCUUAUUUGAUGGGAGCUUGUUUGAGCAGUUGGAGAAGAAGAGAAAAGGAGAAUAAAUUAUCAUAAUUAAUUGCAAUUUAAACCUUUCACAUAAUAUUCUGCAUUUUAUUUAUCAAAAAACAUGCAAAGUAACAUUUAAUUCAUGCAGGGAGAAAUAGUAUAAAAUGAAUGUUUUUUUAAUUUUCAUGUUUAUUUGCAUAUUGGUGCUGAUAAAGGUUUUAUUUGUGAGAACUCAAAUACGUGUUAAGGAUUUCUGUAAAUUGUUUGGUGUUUAU